AUGACUUGGACCUUUUCCCUCUUUUUCUUUUUUCUCCGCCCGGGACUGAGUAGUAUCUCAUCGAUCGAUUUCACCAUGGCAAGGGGAAUACCCUGUGUCACAGUCAAUCUUGGUGAUCACGAUCAUUCUACUUUCACCUUUUUACCACUAUCUAAGGGAAAUUCUGGAUCCGUGGACCAACAGACACUCUUCCAUCGCUCCGUGUGUGCGUACUAUUUACACAAGUACCUACAUGAUGAUCAAUACUUUGUACUACUAGUGCUGCCAUCACCAGAUAAUCAGCAGCAGCAGGGACCGUUAGAAAACCAAAUAGACUACACAGAAACAAAGGCAAGCGCCAAAAACUAG